CUGCAGGGAGCCAUCAAGGAGUUUCAAGCCAUCCUCACAGAUAAACAACGACGUGAAUUACGCAAAACGACAGCCAUUCCUGACGCUGACAGCAUCCUUAUCUUCACUGCCCAACUCGACUCCACAAACAGGAAUCGAAAAGGUCCAAGUAUCGCCAGCAGACUCCACUCAGUCUUGCAAUCUGUCCGGGACUUUUGCAGUGUUAUUGAUACGUUUGUAUCAACGCACCCAGAGAUCGCUGCUCUUAUCUGGGGCAGCGUAAAGCUAACGAUGCAG